CCUCUCAGCCUCAGGGCCUCACAUUAGGUUAAGGCGGCCCUGGGAAUAGGGCAUAGGGAGGAUCACUUUCCAUUAGAACUCGCCCUUAUCUUUUUGUGAGCGUCAGCCGCGUAGGCUUUAACCAAUCAUUGAACUAAUUAUUAACAACCAAUCAUAGAACAUUUUUCUAAGCUCAAAGUGGAGUGUUGAGAAGAUUUUAUUUAAUUCACAAAUCAAAAAUCUCAUAAAGUAGAAAUCAAGAAUGCAGGUCUUAAAAGAUGAUGGUGCUUUAGGCAAAUCAUUAAUAAAGAAAUUAUGACAAACAGAGAAGAAUUUUCAUUGUGUUUUAUGCUGUACUUUCAUCCGCCGUCUUUUUGUGACUUUUUCAAAGUAUCGCUUUGGGCAGCGAAACCGUUUUAAAAGUAUCGAUUUGGCACCGGUAUUGAAAAAAACCCAAACAAUACCCAUCCCUAGUCAUAUGCAAACGUUUGGGCACCCCUGACAAUUUCCAUGAUUUUUAUUUAUAAAUUUUUGGGUGUUCAAUUUUAUUUUGAUCUAACAAAUAACUGAAUGACACAGUAAUAAUUCAGUAGUGAAAUGAGGUUUAUUGAAUUAACAGGAAAUGUUCAAUAUGCAUUAUAACAAAAUUAGACAGGUGCAUAAAUUUGGGCACCCCUUGUCAUUUUGUUGAUUUGAAUACCUGUAACCAGAGGCGUCAUGCCCAUUGAAACUGAGGGGGCACGUGCCCCCUCGGUUUUUGACCCAAAUGGAUUUUGCAUGCAACCUCAAAAUCAAAAAAUAGUCCAUUAAUCUGUUACUUUCUUUUAAUCUGUUUAAAAUGCCCAAAUUAUACACUUUGUGCUGCAUCAGUUUAUUGAGGAGAGGUGUGCUAUGACUUUUAUAAGCGAUCGGGUGCAUGAUUUCCGAAAGGGGGGCAAAAAACCACCCGAAAAAUCCCAUUGACUUAACAUUGGGCCCAACUUUGAUGGGUCAUAGCUCCGCUCGAGGAUUUUGUAGAAACACAUGGGUUACUACAUUUGAAGAGCCAAGUGUGUUUAAUUAGCCACACUAUGAGACACAAUUGCACAAAUUUCUCUAGAGUUUAUACAUCAAGAGAUCUGGGGCCAGAUUCACGAAAAUAUUCUUAAGACAAAAAAUAAGAAAGUUCUUAAGAUAAAUUAUAAGAAGUGCGUAAGAAUGUUCCUAAGUGCAAUUCUCAAACAUUUCUUAAGAAGUUCUCAAUUUUUUUCUUAAGAAUAUCUUAAAUUUGUGUCUUAAGAAUAAAAUGACAAGCUUUUAAAUUAAUUAAUGAGGUAACAAAACACUUAUCCAUUAAUCUUUUGACUACUUGCGAUCAUUAACGCGAUACAAACGAGUGAUGCAUUAAGACUUCUACAGAAUGUUAUUCGCUGUUGUAACAAAGGCCAGCUACAGUAUUAAAGCCGAAAGUAUACUAUGGACGUCCGCGUAUGCGCGCCGUCCGCAUGACGUCAUUUUCGUCAUCAAGAGGGUCCGCGGCCGUCCGCGGCCGGCCCAAAAUUUGAGACCGCGCGGACAGUCCGCGUACAGUCCGCGUACAACAGCGCAUGCGCGAGUUCGAUUAGGAGGGUCCACUAGGUGGCAAUACACAUAGUACAGUCCCAUAGUCGAAGAAGAGUGCAGACGAUCGAUUCAAGUAAGCACGUUGAGGAAGAAUCGAAAACACAAUGGAUUGCGAAUUUGAUGAGCGUUUGUGCGAAGAGAUCCGCAAAUAUCCCCAUUUGUAUAACUCUUGUUUAAGAGAAUACAAAGAUAUUUUUCGAGCUGCUAAUUCUUGGAAAGAAAUUAGCCACCGCAUGGGAAAAGAUGAGGCGUAUUGCCGUCAGCGCUGGAAAAACCUACGAGAUAGAUAUGUAAAGUCCUCCAAAAAAAUAAAGGGAAAGAGCGGUGAUCCUGGUGGAAUCAAACCGGUCCCGCCGAUCGUUAAUCUGCUCGGAUGGCUGUCUACAUUUAUUAAACACCGGGAAACAGAUAGUAACUUCACAAAAGAGGACCAGUGCAACAGUGAGAAAACUGAAUUUUCUUCGAACAGCUCGGAAUGCGCCUUCAAUGAUAAUGAGGAGCCUGCUUCAUUGUCGCCCUCACCAUCAUCUUCCUCAUCCGAGCAUUCAGCGUUGUUGGUGUCGCCAUGCCCGUCGCCACUGCCCUCGGCCUCUCCAUUGCCCUCGGCCUCCCCAUCGCCCUUGGCCUCCUCAUCGCCACUGUCCUCGGUCUCCCCUCCAGCUUCAAAGAUGCGGAAAAAGGAGCAGCUGACACCACUACAACAGGUCAUCAUGGCAAGGCUACAAAGAUGCGACGAGAAACGCGAAUUGGAAGAAGAUGAUGAUUACUGCUUCGGCAAGAUGGUGGGGACAUCAAUCAGCAAGCUCUCCAAACAAAAUAAAGCUUGUGCCCGUUUGGAAAUUUCCCAAGUGCUGUUCAAGUGGCAAAUGGAGGACUGCAGUACUUCUGAUUAGAACGUGCACUUUAAAAAACUUACUUAACAACUUUCAAACACUUAACUUUCACUUUGAAGAACUUUAUACUUUUGGAAUUUUUUUUACUUUUUUGAAGACUUUUUUUCCACUUUUUGCACACAUUACGUGAAUCAAUGUGUGUUUUUGUAUUUAAUUGAGUGUUUUUUUUUUUUAUUAAUGUUUUUGUGUUUAUAAAUAGUUACAUGUACAGACCAACGUUUCUGUACAUUAGCAAAUGUAGAUAUUUACAGUAACUGUAUGGACACUUAGAAAUACAUGUUUGUAUAAUUACCAUGUUACAAAAUCCAUCCAUUACCUGGACACUUUCUUUUAUAAUUUUAUUGCACAAGGAAAAGCACAUCUGCAUGCUUUUGCUUGAAAUGUAUGCACACAUACAAACACGUAUGCAGCAGUUAGCACGGCGUCAAGCUGUGGUCUCAUGUGAACUUUUACACUUCUUUAAAUCAAUUGCACUAAAAAAUUCACAACUACAUUACUCUCUAUUGUAAUCUUAACUUCAUGUAUGUAUGUACAUCUGAAUGUAACAUUUGCACAACCUCUAAGCAGUGGUAGCAGUCAGCUUUUGUUCUUUCGGUUGCCUGAUUGUAUUUAAUAAAUAUAUUUAUAUAUAACACAUAUGUACAACAACACAAUACCUGUACACAUUAUAUGUACAUACAUAAUACCUGAACACUCUUUUCUGUUGCACUAAUAAAUAUUGUAUUCAUGUAUGUACAUGAAUGUAGCGUUUGCACAAUCUCAAGCUGUUGUUUAAGUCAGCAUUUUUCUUUUUGCUGCCUGAUUGUUUUUAACAA